CCAGUGGGCGGAGUUCCAGCCUGCCGGAGGUUCCAAGAUGGCGGCGGGUGCGUGAGGCGCGAUACUCCGCGCGCGAUUCCCUCUUGCUGGCGCUUGCCGCCAUGAAGGGCAAGGAGCGCUCGCCUGCCAAGGCCAAACGGUCCCGCGGUGGCGAGGAUUCUUCUUCGGUGCGGAGCGAGCGGAGCAAUAAGAAGCCCAGCAACGGCGGUGGGAAAUCUGCGGGCGGCGGCUCGAGUGAGGGCGGUGGCGGCAGCGGCAGUAGUCGGCGGAGCCUUCAUUUGGAAAAAGCGAGUCGGGCCAGUAGCCGUGAAUAUGAAUCGGCCGCGGUGGGGGUCUCUGGGAGCGGCAGCAGCCGCCACGGCUACAGCGGGAGCAACAACAGCAGCAAAAAUGCGGAGUCUUCCUCGUCCUCGCGUGGCAGCAGCAGCCGUGGCGGCGAUUCCCGCGCGCCCCCCUCUGACUCCGGCAGCGGCAGUGAGUAUAAGACGCUCAAGAUCAGCGAGCUGGGCUCGGCGCUGAGCGACGAGGCGAUCGAAGACGGGCUCUUCCACGAGUUCAAGCGCUUCGGAGACGUCAGUGUCAAGAUCAGUCGCCUCCCGCCGGGGACUGGGUCUGGCGACGAGCGGGUGGCCUUUGUUAAUUUCCGCCGCCCUGAGGAUGCCCGAGCUGCUAAGCAUGCUCGCGGCCGCUUGGUCCUCUACCAUCGGCCGCUGAAGAUCGAGGCCGUUUAUGUAGGGGGCAGCAGCGGAGGGGGAAGCAGCCGGCGACGCAGCAGUCGUUCCCCAGCCCUUUUGGACAAGGAGUCUCCUUAUGGGGCCUCAGCAGUGGUUGUGGCGGCGGCAUCUCCUGCAACUAUCAGGCACCCUGCAACUGGAGCGACUCAGAGGGCCCUCUCUCCUGCUGGGGGAGGGGCGGGCUUAGGGUACAGAGACUUCCGAUUGCAACAGCUUGCCCUUGGUCGUCUGCCCCCACCGCCUCUGCCCCGGGAGCUGGAAAGAGAACGAGACUAUAGUGGUUUCUAUGAUCGGGUAAGGCCCACAUACAGUCUCGAUCGAGUUGCUGGAGUGGCAGCUGCUGCAUUUCGUGGGGUUGGUACAGGAACAGCCACUGAAAAAGAGAUCAGUCCUGAAGAUGACCAGAGAGCUAAUCGCACCCUGUUUCUGGGUAAUUUGGAUAUAUCGGUUACAGAGUCAGACCUUCAUAGGGCUUUUGAUCGCUUUGGGGUUAUCACUGAAGUGGAUAUUAAGAGGCCAACCCGGGGUCAAACUAGCACAUAUGGAUUUCUUAAGUUUGAGAACUUGGAUAUGGCCCACCGAGCUAAGCUUGCCAUGUCUGGUAAAGUGCUCUUGCGCAAUCCUAUUAAAAUUGGCUAUGGUAAAGCAACCCCCACCACGAGACUCUGGGUGGGUGGCCUGGGACCAUGGGUACCAUUGGCUGCUCUUGCCAGGGAGUUUGAUCGCUUUGGUACUAUUCGUACCAUUGAUUAUCGUAAAGGUGACUCAUGGGCCUAUAUCCAAUAUGAGAGUUUGGAUGCUGCACAAGCUGCUUGUACCCACAUGCGUGGCUUUCCUUUGGGUGGGCCAGACCGUCGCCUGCGUGUGGACUUUGCUGACACUGAGCAUCGGUAUCAACAGCCCUAUUUGCAGCCAUUGCCACUUCCACCCCCUACUCAUUAUGAGCUAGUAGCAGAAACAUCAGCUUUUGGAGCACAUCGUGGAGCGCCACCAGAUCCACUCCGAGGUGCUCGGGAUAGAACACCACCACUGCUCUAUGGUGACCGUGACAGAGACCUAUAUGCUGAAACAGAAUGGGUGCCUCCUCCACCUCCAGUUCGGGACCGAAGUAACCGAGCAACUGUUUAUGAUGCACUUGAAAGUCUGGAACGGCGUCGAGAUGGUUGGUCUCUAGAAAGAACUCGUGGGGAAAGGGAGCUUGGUAGCAGUAGUAGAGACCCACCUAGGAAGCGAAGGCUAGUGGAGGAUGGGGGUCGACAUUUGGACCGAUCACCAGAUAGUGAACGUUCAUCUUCAUCUCGUAAGCGUCACUGCCCUGCUGUAGCAUCUCCUCAAGAUCGUAGUCCUGAAACAAAUUUAAUCAGAGACCGUUAUAAUACUGAUAUUGAUCGGCCCUCUUCUCGCUUACUCUUGUUGGAUCGUCCUUCACCCGUCAGAGAGCCACGUAAGGGGAGUUUGGAGAGAGGCCAGAGUGAGAAGCGGGAACAUAAAAGUUUGGUGGAAAAAGAAAGAAAACAUCGCACACUUGCAUCAGCUGCCAUCCAAGAGUGCAAGAGUCCAGCUAAAAAGGAUGAGCAUACUUCUGAAGGGAACAGUAGCAGUGGAUCUCGGCUGAAGCCACCCCAAAAGCAGCAACAGCAGGAUGGAACUUCAAAAUCAGGAUCAUCUACCAAACUCUGCCUAGCCUGGCAAGGAAUGCUUCUGUUAAAGAACAGCAAUUUUCCAUCAAACAUGCACCUGCUUCAGGGUGACCUCAGCGUAGCUAGCAAUCUGCUGGUGGAAGGAACAACUGGUGGCAAAGUGGCCCAACUAAAGAUAACACAGCGUCUUCGUUUGGACCAGCCCAAGUUGGAUGAAGUUACCCGUCGUAUCAAAGUAGCAGGACCCAAUGGAUAUGCUAUUCUACUUGCUGUGCCUGGUACCACAGACAACCGUGCCUCAUCCGGGGCUGGUGAAGCUAAUACCACCUCUACCCAGCGACCAUUAAGAAACCUGGUGUCCUAUCUUAAACAAAAACAGGCAGCUGGAGUGAUAAGCCUCCCAGUAGGAGGCAACAAAGACAAAGAAAACAGUGGGGUCUUGCAUGCUUUCCCCCCCUGUGAUUUUUCUCAGCAGUUCCUGGAUUCUACAGCAAAGGCCCUGGCUAAAUCGGAGGAUGACUAUUUGGUCAUGAUCAUUGUUCGUGGUGCAUCUUAAAGUCCUAAUGCUUUCUGUGCUUAUUCUGCUGCUUCAUACAACUCCCCCUCCUCCAGUGUCUGCCAGGUGCUAAGCUUUAGUCAACACCCUAAGUAUAAUUUUAGAUCUGUAGUUACUGUUAUUUUCCCUUUAUUUUCUAUAAACUCUAGAGAGCAAAUAUAUUAACUGUUCACUAGGCUACCCUCAACUGUCUUGCUAGUGACAGUAUAGUAAGAAGGGAUGGUCUGCUUUCACUAAAAUAUGAAACAUUGAACAAGCUUGCCUCCCUCUUUUUUUAUCUUUUAACUUGUCCUUGUUCAUUUCACAACUUAAAUUCUAAAUUGCCAUACUUAAAACAUUCAUAGUUCAUGCCCAUUCUGAGUCUUGCAGCUUCCAUAAAACUAUAGAUAUAAUUUCAAAAUAAUUCCUAGUUUAAAAAUGUAAAAUCAAAUAGAAUUAACUCAUGGUUGAGUCCCUGAUACAGCUGCCAUUAAGCCUUCAUGGUGCAAUGUAAUUUUUUUUCAAUUGGGUUUUCAAGUUUUGUUCCCAAAUUUGGAGAAAUGCAUACCCUUGAAGAAUGUUCCUAAAUGGUAUUUUGCUUUGUUGAUUUUUUAAAAACGUGUGUGCAUUUAAAGGUUGUAGUUUUAAUGAGAGCUUUACUAUAGCCCGUGAACAUCAUGAAUUUCUGCAUUCAAGAAGCAGGUGGUUUAUGGUAUCAUUGUUCUUAUUGCCCAUUGCUAAUUGUAAUAGGCACAAUGAAUUCUGAAGUGUAACUUGGAAAUGCAACUUUCAAAGAUGGCACUUAACUGUUGCAAAAAGUUCUGCCAUAAAACCAUUUCAGUUAUUCUAUCCCUGUGGAAAUAGAAAAAUAGAAUACCUGCUCAAUAUUUUUCAGGUAAAAUAUAGACAUUAUGCGAGGUUUUAUAGUCUGGUUUGCACUGUUUUAAUCUUGACACUUUUGCAUUCACUUUAUAUUUCUAAAUGUUGGGGAAGCAAUUCAGUUUACUAAAAGAACAUAAUUCAUUUGAAAGCAAGCCUUUAAAAGCAGUUCUUAUUUUAAAAAAAAAUAUGUGAUAAGACUUAGGAAAGAAUCAACAGUUUAAAUGUGUGGCUUUUUGCUUGGUCUCUUUUCUAGUCCAAUAUUUUUGUUCGUUUGUAAAGCCACUGUACAGUAACAAUAAGUUUCUCAUGUGUAAACCAAUUCUCAAGUUUGAAUAAGUACAAUUAGUUGAAAUUUGGCUUAGUGAAACAUUGCUCAGUGAAAUAAUAUUGGGAAAUGUGCUAUUCUUAAAGUAUUUUUUUCAAGUAGAGCCUCACUUCUGAAACCUUUACACCUUUUCACUUUUUAAGAAUGUGGGUAUAGUAACCUAAAUCCCACAAUUCUGAAAUACAAAUUGAAAAUAUAAAUUGUUCUGUAAUAAAUGAAACUUGGAACUGUGAACCAAAUUAAAUCUAGCCACUAUUAUAGGCAGAGUCACUAAGACAGUUUUAUGUUGCCUGUAUUGCAUAACAUAUUGGAUUGUCCAUAUUACUGCAUUUGUAAAUGCAGUAUGCUGGUGGCUACACAAAGAGUUUUCUUAGUGUAUUUAUUUGAAGACGGAAUUUGCUCUAUGUUUAAAAGCCAUCCUUGUAUUUUUUGAAAAUAAUCAGAUUUGAAAGUCAAACUUGUUGGCAAUACAUGCUCUCCUUGUUAAAAAAAAAUCCUACAGAACUUGGAUUUGAGGUAAAUUGUUUAAACAUUCUAGCAUUUUAGGCAACUUUUGGGAACUGGUGUUGGAAAACCCUACACCAUGGAUUUCUUUUUCUAUUUUAAUUGAAAAUUAUGUUCAAUGCUGCUUGUCAUGAUUUGAACUAGGUAAAGGAUAUGUGAAAUGGGCAAUUCAGUUUUCCAAACCCUUAUCUAAGUUUUUUUUUUUUUAAAAAAAAGAAAGAAGAUAGUCCAUUAGUAGCUAUAGAAAGAAAAAGAAUGUUAGGAGUCCAAUUUAGACUAAAAUGAUAACCAACAUUGGAUGGCACAGCACUUAGUUAUAGAUGCUAUAGCAUUGAAUUAUAUGCUUUUUUUGUAUUAGUAUAAUAGCAGUGCAGUUAUUCAUUUGAGCCAACCUCCAAGACUUCAGCAUAGCAAAAAUUAAGUUUUGUGACACAUCUGUAUGGGAAAAAAGAGGAUUGUGAUCUUUUGUAUAUGGUAUUAUGAAGCUUUAGAGCAAUGUAUAUUGGAAUGCUGCACAUGUCCAGAAAUUUGUUUCCAGAGGUACAACAUUAGGAUGGAGAAUGUGUCUUUUCCUGAGAGUCACUUAAUACCACUUUUGGGGGAGCUGGAUAGGAAAAUCUUAACUGACAUGUUGUCUUUAGGAUUUAAAUUCUAUAAUUGGAAACUUAAGAGGUUGGUUUCCCCCCCCCCCCUUAAAGUUAACUAGGAGUUUUGCAUUUUGACAGUUCAUCAUACGUGGUUGGCUGUCAGUGGAGUAUCAGUUUAAGGCUACCUCAUUUACCAGGAUCCACUUUUGUGUUUUUACAAUUGCCUCCCAAUUUUGAUUAUCAAAAUUUGAAACACUGGGAGGCAAGAUUAGCAUUUCUAAAACCAAUAUAUUUAGCGUGAGUCUUUUCUUCCCAAGUUAUAUAAGGGGGAAAAGAAGAAACCUUCCUUAGCAAUUUAAGCAAAUAGUUGAUUAUGUUUUUUAAAAAUGUAGGAAUACAUCUGAAAGAUAAGUCAUUGGAUAAAAAUGAAAAAGUUAAGGGUAGCCACUUAAGCAUACAAAAGAAUAAUCCUGAUUGUAGGGUGCCUGAUUGAAUGGCUUGGAAAAUGAAGAAAUUAUUGUAAAAUAAUUUGAUGUAUGUUAAUUUCCUUGCCUUCGAUUUUUUCCCAUAGAGUAAACAAUAUUAGCUGCUCCAGAUGUGUCAUUGAAGAUAAAUAUUUCUCUUUACAUUAUCCAAAUUAUUUUGGAACAACUAGAAAAAUUCACAGAUGUGGGAUGAAGAGAAUCCAUUGCAUAUUUUAGCUAGUUUUCUCCAAUAAGUAAAGAGUCUGUAGUUGGAGAUAACAUAGCAAUGUGAAAAAAAAUAUACUUACAAACAGAACACUAAAUUUCAUGUUCUUGUUUGACUUUUUGAAAGAGAGAGAAAUUGUGUGAAUUGUGAAAAUUCAGUUGAUUUUUCUCCUGUAAUGUUUUUUUUACUAGUACAACUGAUUUUUUCCCCAAUCUGUACCCUAUAUUUUAACUCCCUGAACUACUAUUUGUGCAUUUAUAUACAGAUGUUAAUUCAUUUCAAAAGCUUUGUGCCAGUGAAGGGUGAUUGGUGCUUUCAGACAUUACCUAGAACAUGAAUAGCCUUGUAGUUCGAACAGUUAUCUGUAAAUGUAGGAAGAAGACAGAUCUCUUGUAAACUUUUGUACUGAAUAACCUCUUCUUUCCUCCUGAAAGCAAGGCUAGUGAAGUGCUGAAGACCACAACGGAUUCCAAACUCUAAUGGACCUUUGCGAAGAAAAGCGUUGGCUUAUGUGGAAUUUACAUGGGCCUCAUGGAAGAAAGCUUAUCUGUUUAGUAUUUGUGCAUUUUACUAAAAUGCCAGCUUAAAAAGUUGUGUAUCUGCUAUUUGUGAUGCCAAUGCCCAUGUUUUUAAGUGGAAAAUUGACCUCUUUGCUUUGUGCUGUGUACACAAGAUUUCUGCAAAAGUAAAGGAAAAAAAAACCUUUUUAUGGCUCACACAGCUUAAAAUAGCUGUCACUCAAAACAUGCGCUCACAGUCGAGCUGAUUUUGUUUCAUUCUAAAUAAAUUGUUUCUUUUGAGGAAAGUGGUUUUUCUGCCUGGAAAUGAAUUGACGACAAACCUUUGACCCCUUUGUUUGCAGCUGUGGGGGUACUUUACAACUGCUCCUGCUGCUCCUUCUCCUCGAUCUGAUAGUUGUGGGUCUCAAACAACAAACAGGGAAACCUUCGCUUUGAUAUUGACCAUCCUUUAUAUCAGAUCUGAAGAAAUCUAGUUUGUUGUGUUGCUGUGUCCUCUUGUGUACGGUGAAUGGGGAUCAAUGGCUGCUAUCUCCUCAUCUUUACGAGGAAAUGGUGCUGUUGCUGGCAUGCAAGAAGCAGGGAAAGCAUCUUAAGUCUCAGAACAGUGUACAGAUCUGGGACUUUGUUGAUUUUGAAGAGCUGGAGUUCCUGAAUUUUAAGUUCUUGAUUUAUUUUGUUCACCUAACUUGUUUGGCCUUAGUUCUGGUUUUAAUUUGAAGAAAGUUUGAAAUUGCUUUGCAUCUUGCUCAUAACCUUUUCACCAAAUUGAAAACAAAAAGAAAAAGUAACUCAUAAAAAAAAUUAAAUGAUAGCGCGUUUCCAGACACAAUUGAAGAGCUCCUCCACAACCAGGGGCUUUUCUUCAGAGUUAUGCAGUCCUGGGUGUAGUUCUGAAUGGAAGAAGAGUUCCUGAGAGCUAGAGUGCUGUCAUUUUAAAACCUGUACGAUUGUUAUUGGUGCUCUUACUUGACCAGUUUUGAAGCAAAUGGUCUACACACCUUGGACGUGCAUGCAACCUUGAUCGUUUCGUAGGUACCACUGCAAACUUUUAGUUUGUAGUACAGAUGAUAUCAGGAGGAAAAAAGUGGUGAAACUUUGAAAAAAAUUGUGCUAUAUUUCCUGCAUUUGGGGAUCUUGAGCUUUGGAAAGCUGUUCCCACUGUGCAGGAGUACAACUCUUUGCUGCAGGAGACUUCGGGGCACAGUUGACAACACAUCACCAGAGGUCAAGAGGAAGCGAACAGUGCUGCACCUGCAUCGUGGCUGCAGAAACUGCAUUUGUUUCCCAAGUCUCUUAGAAUUAACUAGUUGCCAUUUGGCAUGCAGAUGGAAGACACCUUGAAAUGCAAGCUUGCUCUGGUUGCCUUGAAAUGCUUAACCUAUUGUGGAUAAAGAACACUAGCGCUGUCCUGUAUUCACGCAGGAUGAUUGCUAGGCAGCAGGUGCUUAUCAACCAAGGAUGCUACGAUUAUGGGUUCCCAUGGCAAACUGCUGUAUAAAACUCUUAAACAGGAUUGGUCAGCCCCUCUGGAUUGAUUAGAGGGACAUCUUUAUCUGAAAGGAACUCCAGCCAACUUACAUGGAGAUAGCUCUUCACUUUAUCCCCACCACAUUCCUGUGAGGUUCCAAGAAUAAUGAAAUGGAUGAAACAAGGAAACAUAUACCAGUCAAAAUGAAGGAGCCUGCAUAUGUCUGUGUGUAAUCAUACAGCCAACCUGUAAGUAAGAGGAACAGCAGGAUUUGGUUAUUAAAUCAUUUUCAUUUGGUAUAGUUGUCUUUUCAUAUCAUUACUAAUGCAACACUUUUAAAAACCAUGUAGGCAUCAUUUAACCUAAGUGGCAAUAAAGAUUGUGUUUUAUAUAUUAAUUGGUAUAAAUUGCAGGAGCUGAUAACUUAUUCCAAGGUAAAUAUGUUUCAUUCCUUUAAUUUCUUCAUGGCAUGUUUAUUAAAUAAUAAUCUGUUUCAGUUUUUCUUUUACUGAUCUGUUAAUUUUUCUGCUUGCUCAGUCUUUCUGUAUUUUAGGAUCUGCUACUGAAUCCCACAUUUGAGUACAUUGUUCAACAGCAAACAAGAGAUGGGGGCUUUUUGCAGUAGUAUUGAGCUAUGGAGUACUUGAGUUGUGUAGAAGAUACAGUCUUGUGUCCAGACUAAACAUUCUUAUACACCCACAUAUAAGGACAUUUUAACUUUAGUGAAUUUUAUGUAAUGUAUAUAGAAUGAAUCCUAGCUAUACUCUUUAAGGUGAUGCUUCACAACUUCAAGUAUUAAUAAUUUUGAAAAUGGGCAAAACACACCUUUUGAAAAAGCAUAUAAAUUCAUAGAAGUAAUGCACUAUUAUCCCACCCCUAACAUUUAUAGAACAAGCUGAUCUCUAAUUGGGCGAGAUCCCAUUGGUAUAAAUCCCCAUGAUCCCAUAGCAAUUACGUUGUGGAGGAUUUUCUUGCUCUGGCAAACUAUUACAAUUUACCACCAGAGGGCUUCUUCCCACAAUGAAAUAGGAUGGCUCAUAUUUAAAGCACUCUGGAAUAGAUUCUGCCUGAAAACCUGCAUCUAUUGAUUCACACUUACUUGGUGCUUCUACGUGCUACAUGUAUGAAUUGGAUUACUAGGGGAUCAUAAGGUCCUUGCCAGUCUAGUUCUCUCCUUUAAAAUAACAGCCAUGUAGAUGCUUCCUGUAUGCAGAAAAUAGCCCCCCCCCAAUUACUCCAAAUCUCAUACUCAGAAGUGUUUGAACAAAUUAUUUUUAUCUCUCAAGGCUUAAUACCUCCCUGCUUUUGAUAAUAGCAUAGAAUCAAACCUGAAUUUGGCUAUAAAUGCUUGUUAGCUUGUGCCUUAAACCAGAGGUCCUCAACCUUUUGGGCACCAGGGACCGGUUCCAUGGAAAGGUUUUUUCACGGACCGGAGGGGGUGUAGGUUUGCAUGCUGCUUGCAUUCCGCAGAUGGGGCUUAACUUGUUUGCACAGACUGAUUUCUGGCAUGCUGCGGACCAGUAUCGGUCCAGGGAUGGGGGGUUGAGGACCCCUGCCUUAAACUAUGCUUUUUGAUUUUUUUCUAAUUAGAUAACUUGCACUGAAUGAGAGAUAAGAAAGAAUAUGCACAUUUACCAAAUAUACAUAUGAAAUUCUGAAUCUAUUCUUUUUUUUUUUGAAGUCUCAAGUGCCUUAACAUGGUGUAUAUGGAUAUGAUCGUAUUUCUGAUUAUUUCAUUUACUCUUUUCUCUUUGUUUCAGGGCCAUGAAAUACCUUCUGAAAUGUGCCAGAUUAUACCAAAUGAUGUUACAUACAGAAUUAUUUUAAAACAGUACUUGCCAUUUUGUUUUCAGUUCUUUUCCUAAUAAAUCCAGUGUUCAUGUUUUACUUCCAGUACGUAUUAUAAUGAAAUGUUUACCUCAAGUGAAAAUCUUUACAGAUUUUCCCCUACUUUAAGAAUAUAGGUAUUGUCGAGCUCAAAGUAUAUAACCAUGUACUUUAAUUGCUUGUUCAUUUUUUUUUAAGUUCUUCUGCUUUAGGUUUCACCAUCUUGAAUCUGUGAAGCCACAUCCAAUGGAUACAAUUGCAAUAUAAAACACAAAAAAUAUUUACAAUGAUUGUCUUCUGGAAUUGAAUCCUGUCUCACUAGUACUUCUCAGUAUCCACUUUGACAACUGGACCAUACCCUAGAAAACAUGAUUGCUGUCGUUUUACCAUUUUUGUUGCUAGUUGCUAGGGAAGUGCAAAUAAACAGCUAGAUUUAAAUUUUAAAACUCAUAAAAAUUUACUAGAAGUUCUUCAAGAACUCUAUGUUGUCAUGUAGUUAUUAAUUUGUUAAUUUUAAAACCUCUUACAUUUUUUCUAUUUGGCACAGCUCUUCAGAUGCAGUCCCUGCCCUGUUCCCUAGAAUAUGCUUCAGGUGUAGGUCCUGCAUUAAGAUCUUUCACAGUGAAGACUGAUGCAAAGAUUCCAGUACAAGAAACAGCAGUGCAAGAUAUCCACCACUGAAAAUGGCAAAAAUUACAGAGUAACUCAUAAGUAAUGGGAAGGUUGUAGCCAGUGGACACAGCAGAUUAGUGACCCCACAAAGAAUGAGGUAUGUUUUAUGGUAAUUAUAUGUCUUGGUCCAGUUUUGAUGAGCAAUCCAGCCAGAGACCAGUAAACUGACUGUCUCUACUAUCCCUAAAAGAAAACAGAACAAAAAUAUAUAAUGAUUUCUGAAACAGAAGUUCUUUGGGCGCUAAAUAAGGAUCAUUUUGUAAAUUUCUAAAGUCACCUAAGUCACCAAUAUAGCACCUGUGGACAUAAGUAUACCUAGCAAUAAUAUCUAUGUCCUAGUGAUCAGAUUUUUUGUACCAUCUAAUUUGUAUUAUUUUAAUUAAAACAAUAAACAGGAAAAAAUCAUGCUGCAAAACACCACAAGGAGCCAUAUGGUAAAUAUUUAUGAAGUGGUUUAUAAACUGUCAUUCCAAGUCUGAGGGUAACCAGAUUGUUCUAAUUCACAUGAAGCAAAAAAUAACCUGCAAAAUUGGAAAAAUAAAAAUAAUCACUCUGGCAAUUUAGAAUGUCCUUUUCUGUACUACUUUUAGACUUGCUGUUAAAUGCUCACACUGCUUGGCUGUGGUCUCAUUUGUCAGAUUUCUUAUCUGAGUGGUAAGUCUUCCAUCCAUUCAUAUUUUCAGUUCUAUCGUUAUCAAGAUCCAAUAUCAAAUUCCUGGUGACCCUCAUUCUCCCUCCUGUCUCAAAAAUUGCCCAGUACAUUGUAUGGAAAAUUCUUGGAUGGUAUAGUGAACAGCUUUUCACUAUUAGAAGACUGUUUUUUUCCUUUUUUUUCUUCAGCUCCACAUUUGAUUGGCUAAAGCCCAGUACAUUGAAUUAUAUGAACACUUUUUUGCUGUAUUUUUGUUAGGCAUAUAAAGCUGAAGUUUUGUUUCUAUCUGAUACAUUCACAUCUCAGAAUUCUGAACAUUUUCUUUUAUGUUUAAACUGCAUGCUUAUUCACAAGCUCUGGUCAGUAAUUUUGUGGCAAAAUGUUUUGUUAAAUGAAAUUGGAGUUUAGAAUCUGGAGUAAUAACUCUUACUUUCCUCAUCCACCAAAUUGGUAAGUUCCCAUGCUACAUAAGCAUCGGUAAGUUCCCAUGCUACAUAAGCAUCGGUAAGUUCCCAUGCUACAUAGGCUGCUUGGUUUUGCCUCAAGAGUAUCCACCAGCAGGUGUAAGAUAGGUUUGGCUCUGACACCUCAGUUUCUUAACCCCUAUUCUGCAUCAUUGUUUCCAAGCAAAAUUGAAAGGGUUGGUUUAAAUUGAAAAUGAAUAACUAAUAAAGUUGCUUUAACUAUUGGUUUAUCUCCUAAGAAUAAUAUGUAAUAAAGAUAAAAGCAGUUUUGUACUGAGGUGAUUUUUUUAAUGCUAAUAAAAUUUAAGAACAUA